CGCUUGCGGUGUAGGCGCGUAAUGUUGAUGACGCAAAUCACAUGCGCCUCGUAAAGAGAAGUAAUGGCGGUGGUUCAAACAAAGCAAGAAAAAGAGAGCGAAGAUUGCUCUUUGCUGCCUUUAGUCCAUGAUAUUAUCAAAUGCAUAGACAAAGAGAGUCAAGACAUCCACCAGGAGCUGAACAAGCUGAGGACCAAGAUCCAGGAGGCUCGGGAGCAGAUCUCCAACAUGCCGGGCAUCGACACCAGCCCCGAGGAGCAACAACAACAGCUCGCUUCGUUAAGGGAUCAGGUGCGCACCAAGAACCAGCUGCUGCAGAAAUACAAGAGCUUAUGCAUGUUCGAAGUGCCCAAAGCAUCUUGAUGUCAAAAUGGACUUCGGACAAUGAGCGCUGAUUGGAAAAACAAGGAUGUUCCCUUCAUCAUCACCAUGGAGAAAGACGACGUGUUUCGUGCCCUGAACAGUGCAGUCGUUCUUGUGUGCUCCGUGACGUUCAUAGAUGUGUGGUGUUAUGACGUGGUCGUUAUUGUUUUUA